AUGCCAACUUCUAUCAAGAUCGCCCUCGGCAGAAUCUCGCCAUCACCGCCUAACGCCAGCUGCAAACACUUUGACGGCACACCUCUAACAAGUUUCGAGGUGCCUGCAAAAUGGCCUGGCAAAGGCGAUGACAAGGUCGCCCAGAUGUAUGUGGAGUGCCUAGAGCCCAUGAUGGUCCGUCAUAGAGACCCCAUCGUCCUGAUCCACGGUGAUUUCCAUCACGGCGCCGUUUGGUUCACGAAGCCCGAUGACAACCCGGGCUGGGCUGCCAACUUCCUCAGGAGAGGCUGUCGCGUGUAUGUCGUUGACUUGCCCGGCAGCGGCCAGUCCGACGUGCCUCUUGAUUUCGAUCUUUGCUCCGACUUCAUGAAUGCUGAGCAGAAGAUGAGCGGGAAGAGCGUUGAGAAUCAGCUUACUGCUCCCGAGAGGAACAUGGUUGGAGGCGCUCCCGCCUGGCCAACUGCUGGUCUGCACAACAAGUGGCCCGGGACUGGCCAGCGUGGUGACCCGACGUUUGUCGCGUAUAUGAAAUCUCAACAAGCACUCUAUCUGCAAAAGGCAGUCCGUCAAAAGCUGGCUCAGGAUGGCCUAUGCAGCCUCCUCAAGGCCAUCGGAAAAGCAGUCUUGAUUGGACAAGGAACUGGAUGUACAGCGGCCUGGCUUGCCGCUGAUGCGAUGCCGGAGUCGGUUGCCAAGGUGGUUGCAAUCGAACCUGCUGGACCGCCUGCUGCCAUAGCUCACAAAAACCACCCCGGCGGCCGAACAUACAGCUCAUGGUUGAGCAGAGAUGAUGGCGUGCGAAAGUAUGGGCUUGCGGAUGUUCCUUUGACCUUCAACCCGCCAGCAAAGGAGCCAUCUCAGGGCCCUGCUCUGGAUCUCGAAGUCCGCCAACACCCCAGCAACUCGGGUUGCUAUAUGGCCCAGAAAUACGUGCCAGGAUGCGUGGUUCCCACAAAGGAUGAACCACUCAAAUAUGGACAAGAAUCCGUACCACAGCUGGUUCGCCUUCAACAUAUGAAUCACGCUGUUUUUACUGCUGAGGCAAGCUCUCAUAGGAUGUUCGACUGGGCUACCGUGAUGUUCAUGAGACAGGCUGGCGUCUCUGUGGAUCACUUUGAUCUGUCGCAGUUUGGAGUCACUGGAAAUGGGCACUUGAUGUUCCUGGAGACGAACAGCGAUGAGAUUGCUGCUAUGGUGGCUGGUUGGGCCGGGAUGCCUGAAGAAUACAAGACUGAACUAUACAAGGUUAUUGAUAUCAGCCAAAUUCAGGGUCAAGUCGAAAACCAAAAACAGGACCAGGACCAAGGCCAGGACCAAGAUCAGGAGCAAGCGUCUAUUCAAGCUGUGGAUGACUUGGUAGCUACUCAAGCUGUGGAUGCUUUUGCAGCUACGCAACAAAUGUCGUUGAAACGUCCUCGAGGUCAAGAUGAUGAUGGCAACGAUUGCUUGCCUGCUCCAAAGCGCCUGGAUGCCAAAACUGGCCUUCAAUCACCCCAUGCUCAAACCACAGAGAGUCCAAGUCUUGCCUCUCUCUCUGUUGAGCCACAAUACAGCCAGCCGGCGCCGUUGCUUCAGUGCAACGCGAGCUACCCCAGCCCAGAGUGUGAGCCGCUUCUUCUGGAUGAGGAUGCUCUUUUUGCCGGACAAAUUGACCUCCUGGCACCACUAGACGAGUUCCCCGCCCAUUAG